GCGCCGCCACGUGAGUGCUGCUUGUUUUUCUGCACAGAAAGUAGUGAUUAUUCACUGGGAAUCUUAACCUAAAAAGAUUAUUAACCUAUUUAAGAGCCUUGAAGACUGAAGAGCGAGUCUCCUAGAUGGGCAAGAAGCGCAAAGCUCGAAGAAAGCAAGAAGAGGAAGACAGAGAUAUGACGGUGGUCGCCGAAGAUUUUCCCGGCGACAUGGCUGCCGAUCAUGAGCCCCGCCGUUCCAUUUCCCAGUGGUCGAUCUUUAGGGUUCCGACGCACAUUCGUCAGAUCGAUGCGAAGGCGUACAACCCUAGGGUCGUCUCGAUCGGUCCGUUCCAUCGGAACCAGCCUGCCUUGAGAGCCAUGGAAGCUCAGAAGAUGAGGUUCUACGACCGACUCAUGGAGCGGAUGGCCUACGAAGAUCGCGAUGUGGGCAUCAAGACGGCGAUGAGGAAAUUGGAGCCCGACGCGAGGAGGUGUUACUCGGACGAGUUUGAAGAUAUUAGCACCGAUGAUUUUGUCGAGAUGAUGGUUCGUGAUGGUUGCUUCAUUGUGGAACUCUUGAAGCUUUCCUAUGAGAGCAAUCAGGACGAAGAGGGACAAUUUGUGGAAGAGCCGAUCUUUGCAACAAGAUGGAUGCUACCCAGCAUCACCAGAGAUCUUCUCAUGCUCGAGAACCAGUUGCCGAUGUUCGUGUUGCAAGAGAUCUACAACCUCACGACAUUCGACAGGGAUGCGGUGUCUCUCAACAAGCUUGCCCUCCUAUUCAUGGAGCCGCUGAGUCCGCAGAAGGGACAAUACGAUGAGACAAAGCUGGACGACAAGGGCGAGCAUCACCAUCUCCUCGCCCUAUUCCACGCGAGCUUCAUUCCUUCCGACAUUCAGCCUUUGCGAAUGGACCGAGGCCCUCGAUGGAACAGGGAAGAUCACUUCCCGGGGAAGUUGUGGGUCCACGAGGCGAAGAGGCUACGGAGAGCCGGCAUCCGGUUCAAGUACAACCCCGGUAGCCUCCUCAACAUAGAGUUUUCGAACCGCGAGCUCAAGAUCCCCACCCUCUUCAUCGACGAGUGGACGGGACCGCUCCUGAGGAACUUGCUGGCUUACGAGCAGUGCAACUCGUUCGCCUUGCCGUACAUCACGUGCUACGCGAUCUUCCUCAACAGCAUCGUCGAAGACCUGAAGGACAUGGAGAUCUUGCAAAACGCAGGGAUUAUUUACCAAUCGGUGGACGAGGACGAAGAGGUGGUGGACCUCAUCAAUAGCCUUACGAAGGAGCUCGUGUUUGAUAUGCACGACAUGAGCGAUUGCUUCAUAGCCGACCAAAUUGAGGACAUCAACAAGUUCUGCAAAUCCUGGCAGAGCAAGUGCAUUUACCAGCUCUCUCAUUGUGCAAAUAUCCUGUCAUCACUCUUACCAUUCAGAUAGUUGUAAUCUCUUUCUUUACAUUCUUCGAUUCACAUUCUAACCUCAUCUUGUAGCGCACUCGACCAUUCUUUUUAUACUAAUUCGAUACCCCUGUUUUGCUCCUGUAAUUGCAUUCAUUGUUGGGAACCAUUAA